AUGCAAUUCACCAUUCCUCUCGCCCUCGCCAUGCUCGCCGGUAUCCAAGUUGUCGUCCAGGCGCAGAACUGCACCGCCGGAACGGGCACAUUCUACUGCUGCAACACCGUCGCCGGCGUAUCGAACGCGGAGGUAGUGGCAUUGCUCAAGGCUGUCAACUUCCCAGACCCCACGACUUACGAGGGUUUGGUCGGCUUGGGCUGUAACCCGCCCGGCUUGUAUUGUACGGGCGCGCCUGCUUGCUGUACUGGAGAGAUCAUCCCCGCACCGGGCGUCGGACCCACGGUGACGACAGGUUGCACACCGCCGGCCACCCAGUGA